CGUCUACGCAUGCGUAUUGAUAGAAUUCAAUCGACACCCGGUGAUACACGUGCUAGCAUUGGGAAAUGUUUAUCUAUUCUACACGAAAUUACGUAUAAGAAAAAUAUUUUAUUUUACAAUUACUAAUGGUAUUCGUUUAUUUCAAAAUGAAAAUUACAUAUAAUAAGUGUUAUUAUUGAACAAUCUCAUUUAUCGAAGAAAUCCGUAAAAAUUACAAUGGAAACAGAUGAGGUUAUAACAGAAAAAAUUGCAAAAGACUCAUGCAAUAAAUCCAAUGAACAAGUGUUAAAUAAUGAAGAAAACAAUAGCGCCUCGCUUAUUAUUGAAAAUGUAUUAACGUCACAAAGCGGGGAAAUAAAAAAUAAUGCUUUUAAAACAGAUCAAAUUACAAACAAUUGUGAAAUGUCUUUAAUUGAAAAAAAUGUGACCGCACAACAUUGCGGUUACAAUGAUAAAGAUGAUACAAAUAAUCAACAAAAAGAAUCGUUUAAUAAACUAAGUGUAAAUAAUAAUGAACGAACUAACAACAGUGACAACAACAAAGAAGUUACAAAUAAUCUCGCAAUUGAAAAUUUGAAACAAAAAAAUGUUGACAUUUCUGUUAUACAUGAGAAAAGUAAUGGAAAUGAUAAACUAUCUUCCCUUACGAGUAUAGCUAUUGAAUAUGAGAAUUCUGAUUCAGAAACAGAAAGUACUUUAGAUCUUAACAAACAAAAGAAUGAUAUAACUACUGUCGCAAAAGAAAUGCAGACGCAACCUUAUAGAAUUAUUAAUAAUGAAUCAUCUAGCGAAGAAAGCGAUGAUGAUUCUAGUAGCAAUACAGAUUGUUUAGUGAUUAUUGAAUCAAAUGACUCAGAUAGCGAUGAUAGCACAAAUAAACGAAAUAAAGGACGCAACGCAAAGGAGCAAAAAAAUAAUGAAAUGAAAAGUGAAUUAGAUGAUUUACCACCUAUUGAAGAUUUAAAAAUUAGUGUGCCUGAAGUACUAUGUGAUCCGUUUGGAGAAGUUGCAUGGAUGGUAGAACAAUUAGUAGUUGUUCAACCCAAGCCCGGUAAACCCACAUUAAAUUUAGAUACAAUUUUAUUUGUUGAUAAAGGGAAAAGGGCGUUAGGUAAAAUAUUUGAUGUUUUUGGACAAGUGAAAGAACCACAUUACUGUGUAAGGUUCAAUAGUUCGAAACAUAUUCAAGAAUGUGAUAUUAAAAUAGGAAUGACUGUUUACUACUGUCCAAAUACAGAGUAUACAUCUUUAGUAUUUCUACAUGAGUUAAUGAAAAUUAAAGGCAUAGAUGCAAAUGCAGAUGAACCUCCAGAAUUUUCUGAUGACGAGGAAGAACGAGCUUAUUAUGAAAAAUUAAAACAAGCGAAACAAGCUUCUAUGAUGAAUGAAGAUGUACCAUUUAAACGAAAACGUGCUUCAAGUCCAAACUCUAGUUGGCAAUCAAAUCAUCCUUGGAACAGAAAUAAGCAAAAAAAUAGAAAAGGAUAUUAUCCACGAGGAGAUCCGAGACAGUUUUCUUCUGCGCAAGGUGGGAAUCAAUUACCGAAUUUGUGGGUACUUGGUCAAAGUAAUUGGCCAAACGCACCAGGAACUUUACGUCCAGAUAGUGGUGAAUCAUAUGGAUAUGGGAUGUAUCCAUCUCUAUUGCAGUCAAUGCAAUAUGUAAACUCUACUAUGAAUAAUGUAAAUCAGAACUUUUAUAGUUCACAUAACUAUUAUAACGAAGAUGGAACAACAGUACCCUUAAAUCCCAGAAUUCCUUACAACACAUCUCCAAGAGUUCAUCAAGAACAUUUACUUUUCCAAAAUCAAUCAAAUUCAUCUCCAAAUUUAAGAUUUCGAAAUCCCAAUAUGACUUGGCAACCGCAAAUGUCACAAAAUUCGGAAACUGUAAAUGCACCAUGGAUAUCUUUACCACCACCGCCGCCACCUCCACCCCCUCCAUCUUCACCGCCUUCAUCACCAGGAACAAAUUAAAAAUUUUCAAUGUUACUAAUUCUAUCACAAAAAUACAUGUAAGAAAAUAAUUUGGUAUCUUUAUUUAGGAUACACUUUUACAAUGUAUAUUUUAAUGUACAAAUACUAUAUUAUAAAUACAAUACAAAGAACUACAUGUAUAUCAAAAUAUUAAUUAAAAAUG